CAUACGUGAAUCUGAUCAUGUAUCAUUAGUUUGGCCCAGCCUGCUGUGUCGAAUACUUCCGCACUGAAGUUCUAUAAAAGCCUGAACUCGCAGCUAAGGAGAGUCAGAAUUGGUUUUCCACUUCCACUUUUCUACAAUCUGAGGAAGUAUUACAAUCUCUGCUGACCUAUUUCAGUUCUACUUGCAAGGUCCUCACUCUCUGGGAAUUGCGCCACCACGUUUAUACAUCAUUCGAUCCUAGCCCAUUAUUGCUGCACUUCGUUCAACCAAAGGUUUAACUGCAAUAGCCAUGGUAUCUAAGAUGUCUUCCGGAUUCCAAUCCUUCUCACCCGUUCUGCAGGUGAUGGUGUCACUGAUAGCACUAACAAUACUAAGUGCAGUGCCAUUCUCCGCAGCAAGAUCGCUCUCUCCCAGUCAGGAAAAUGCCAACAAGAUCAAGGCAUGUACACCUCGGUCUGACAAUGUGAACUACACCAGCUUACUAAACACUUACUUUGAGCAGCUGAGCAAACCAAGAAGUGGCCGUCCAGUACCUGCCCCCUGGGACGCUAUGCAGAAUCUACAGAUGUUCACUCCACUGCCAUUGCAGACACUGGCCUGUGGUGAUAUGCAGUCUGAGGCUUGCAGAGUCUCCUCCUCGUCCGGCAGUGCCCAGCGUCACAAUAGUCGUACUGCCAUGUGGCUGAAUGUCUAUCCUGGCCCACAGAUGGAAGUGAAUGUGGGCAGUGAUAUGAUCGCUGCCGCAGGGGAAGAAGAGGACGGCUCCAAGGAGAAUAAUUGCGACAAGGUUCACAACAACCCACACACAGUUUGCAGCACUGACUUCAACCGUUUCCCACCCAUUCUCUGUGAAGCCACAUGCAAAUCCCCGUGCGGCUGCUGCAAGAGGCGUUCAUCAGAGCUGACAAACGCCCAUGUUUUGGUUAUCGACAGAUGCGAAGGAGCGAAUGCUGUGUGGAGGCUGAAGGAAGUUGGAGGUCUACUACCAAUUUCUCCAAACAGCUGUCAAUGUCAAUCAUAGAGACAAAUAGUUAUUAUGGAUAGUUUCCCUGCAGCGAUAUUUUGCAAGUAUAUUUUAUUCUGAAUUUCUCUAUUUAUUGGCAACAGAUUUAUCUGGUCCUCUACUGUCGACAUCGUUCCAAUCUCCCAGCAAUGGGGAAAAUUCGGAAGUGGAGAU